CUGUAUUUACUGAUCUCUGACCGUCUCUGAUAAUCUCUGAUAAUCUGAUCAGAUUAUCUCAGCAUCACCUCUCUCUCUCUCUCUCUCUCUCUCAGUGUCUCUCGCCCCGCCUCAGCAGAUGGUCUCUCUGAGGAUCUGUUUCUGUUUCCACGGCGACCCGAACACGCAACACGUCUCUGAGCGGACGGAAUAAAGUUUGAUUUGGGAGGUUUGUUACAUCGUCACCUGGAGCCUGAAGACAGCGAGGGAACUAUUGAUUAUCAGGUGUGUUUGUGUUUCAGGAUGAUGCUGAAUGACAGGUGGACCAUCAUGAACAACAGCAGCUCCGAGCUUGACAGCAAACGACCGAGUAAACACAAGAGGUGCUGCAGCUUCCUGUUAUGGUCCGUUGUCGUUUUAAUCGUCAUAGCAACCAUCGUCACAGUAACAGUCACUAUCCUGUACCUGAACCAGUAUCCUCUGCCCUUCAUCAGCAGUAACAGGGGCGGGGUCUCCUCCUCCUCACCUGUAAUCUCAACCAAUCCCAGAGAGUCUGGCGCCCUGGUGUCCAUCUCCCGGGUUGCAGACGGAGAGCCAAUCAGCAUCUUCUUGGACCCGAACUGUCCAGACUACAGCGAUAGCUUCCUGCGCUGGGAGGCGCUGCAGAGCUCUCUGCUGCGAGCGCUGUCCAAUCACAACGCAGAUGACUGGCAGGACACGGGAUUGGUCCAGAAGCUGGCCGAGGAGCUGAAGGUGUUGUCAGGCCACGCCCACCACCUGAGGCUGGAAGCUGAUUCGCUGAAAAGAGGUCAAGGUGUUCUGGACCAGCAACUGGUCGCCUUGCAGAGCGAGCAGAGCCGCAUCUCUCAGGUGUUAUCUGACAGCCACUCAGGUGUGAUGAAGCUGGCUGCAGGUUUCAGUGAUUCUCUGCUCGGCCUGCAGAGGGAGACAGAGAGUCUGAGGAGGCUCAGCAGUGAGCUGCAGAGGGACAGCAGAUACAGAGCUGGGAGACCCAGAGACUGUAGUGAUGUCAUGGCGUCAGGCGGCGCUCAGGACGGCGUUUACUCUGUGUUUCCAACCCACGACCCCGACGGCUUCAUGGUUUACUGUGACAUGACCACCGAUGGAGGAGGCUGGACGGUGAUCCAGAGGAGGGAGGACGGCUCGGUGAAUUUCUUCAGAGAGUGGGCUGCAUACAGAGACGGGUUCGGCAAAACUACAGGAGAGCACUGGCUAGGUCUCCAGAGGAUCUACUCUCUCACUGGCUCAGGUGGUUAUGAGUUACGGAUCGACAUGGCUGACUUCGAUAACGCCACAGCCUUCGCUCGUUACGCUGAGUUCUCUGUUGGUCGAGACUCAGUGAACCCCGAGGAGGACGGGUACCCGCUGACCGUGGACCAGUACUCCGGGACCGCAGGCGACUCCCUCCUGAAGCACUCUGGGAUGCGUUUCACCACAAAAGACCGGGACCAGGACCAGUCAGAGAACAACUGUGCAACGUACUACCAGGGGGCGUGGUGGUACCGUAACUGCCACACCUCCAACCUGAACGGGCAGUACCUGAGCGGAGGCCACGCCUCCUACGCUGACGGCGUGGAGUGGUCCAGCUGGACGGGCUGGCAGUACUCGCUCAGGUUUACCGAGAUGAAGAUACGACCUAACGCUAAACCGGACUCCUGAUCAUCUGAGCCUAAGCCUGACCCCUGACCAUCAACCCCCCCUUAAACCCUGACCCCUGACCUUUGACCCCGCCCUUAAACCCUGCCCUUUGAGCCAAAGCCUGACCUUUGACCUCUCUGCAGCAGCUUCAGCCGUGUGUUUGUUUUAUAAAACGUGUCCUUGUCUCUGGAAGGGGACCUGUUGUGCUCUCUGUUUUAGAUCAUACAGCGUCGGACGUUCAGACUAAAGAGUUCCACAUCGUGAGGUAAAGGACGGUAACAGUGAUUUAUUUAACAGUCUUUAUAUGGUCACGACCUGCUCCGGGCUCAGCACGCCACCAGGUACAGGGACGCCGUCCACCCGCUCAGCCUGCCUCAGUACUUCUGAGACUCUGCAGGUGUUCAGGACGUCUCGGUAGUGAAGGAAAGAUUCUUGAUGGACAGAUGGCUUUACUUGUUGCUAAGGUUACCGCUUGCUACUGCUAACUGUAGUUAGCGUUAGCUCAGUUAGCCGUAAGCUAGCUGACUGCGCCCUAACAGGGAGUUGUGAGUCCGGGCCUGAAGACCUCGUCCUCCCGGGGGUCCCGGGGCUUGAGAUCCCAGUCCAGGCAGAGGAAGCCCCAGGAAGCUUGCUGUGAAGCCAACCUGACAUAGAGACUGACUUUUGAGCGUCUCAGAACCCCGACAUGACUCGGUUCACCGUCAGAAUCCAGCACAGCAUCCGCUUCUCUUUAUACGGCCAUCAGCAGAGUUAGCUAAACCCCUCGGCAAACUUUCCUGAACUUUGUCCAGUCCUGAACACAUUUCACACAACAGACGUCGCAUAAUUUCAUGAAUUAAGUGAAGUGUUUCCUCAAAUCAUAACUUACAGUCAGGGUUUUAAGUCACUUUGAGUCCGUGUGAAGUCACGGGUCAUUGGUGUUAAAGUCGAGUUACAAGUCUUUUUUGAUUUUCACGUCCAAAGUCGUCAUAUCUGGGAGUCCAAGUCAUGUGACUCGAGUCCACGCCUGUGCUUUUUAAACGGUGGGUCAGAGCUGGAGAUGAGCAUCACGGGUCCCCUUAAAGAGGAAAAUCAAUGAUUUCACUGUUCUGAGUUCAUAUUGAUGAUGUGAGAGUUUACGUGAAUGUGGUUGAUUAAAGAGUUUCUGAUUGAA